AUGGUUGGUAACUUGGGAGGCUAUGGUGAUGAAGGGAUUACUAAAUCUGGUGAAUACGGAAGGCUGGUGGAUGGAGGACGUCAGCAUAAAAGCUUUCUGGCCUCCCCUUUGUUAUCUCUGCAAGUGGCAAACUUGUUGGAACUCCUCUACAAGUUUGUCCUUUUGUGCUCCUUGUGGCAAUGA